AUGACAACUCUUAGAGAAAUUUAUAAUGAAAUAUUAUUUCUACUUCCAGAUUAACCAACAAACAAAACAUUAUUAACAAUACUGCUAAUCCAUAGCAUUAAUGUCAAAGAAGGACUGAAAAAUAAUGGUAUCAAUGAAAAUGAUGAAAGUCAUGAAUGGGUAGGAAUAGCUGAAGGUUGGGAUUAACCUGAAGAUGGUAUUCUAUAAAUAUAUAUACUUAGGUGUAUACUCUCUUAGAUAUAUUAAUUAAUAUAAAGAAUAAUGUUAAUUUAAAUUUUUAACACUUCCAUAACAAGAUGAUACUUUAUCAAUUAAUGCAGUUAUUUUAGGAAGAAAUGACUAAAUAUACUCUUAUAAACUUCCUAUUUCAUCAUUAAACUUUGAUAAUUAAGAUUUACUAUUUAAAUCAAAUACUAUUAGUGUUUAUAAACAAUAAAUUUUAUAAAAAAUUGUAAUGAAAAAACAAGAACCUUAAUAGAUAGAAAAAUAAACCAAUAUUUUAUUAGAAUAGCCUCCUUAAUAAUAAUAACCUUAAGGCUUGCUUUGGAAUAUACCUAGGAACUAACCAUUUUCAGUAGGAAACCAAGAUAUAAAUCCAUUUCCUAGAAAUCCAUUUGAUAAUAGAGGAUAAAUAAGUGGAAACUUGAUGGGACCUUAACAUUUUUAGAAUUUUAACUAAAGACAAUAGUAAUAAUAAUUAUUCAAUCCUUAAAUACCUCCAGGGGCAAGAUUUGAUCCUUUUGGUCCUGAACCUGAUAUUAACCCAUUUGGAGAACCUAGCAAUAAGAAACCAUGGAUAGAUCCAUUUGGAAGAGGAGGACAAUUUCCAUUUUGAU